AUGGAUGAUUCUCCAGAGACGGGACGGGUCCCAGACCCAGAGCAGCCGGAAAUGUUGGAAGCAGAAGCAGAAGAGCAUCCUUCACCGCACCAGUGGUCGGAUUAUUACCACAUAGACAUUCCAUCCACGCCAACUUCUCCCACAUUUUCACCAAUGUCGCCAACGUAUUGGUGGCCUGAUGAGGCGGACGAUUCGCUGCCUCAUUGGAGAGACCAUGUGGACGAGAUACCGUUGUUGCCUAAUCCACGACCUCGUGCCCUCACACCGCUAGGGUUCCAGGAUGAAGAUCCUAGCGAAGUGAUUGAGAGGCCCGCUCCGCUUUUCCAAAAGUCUCCAUGGUUCAAUCUUCCUCCCAACAUUCGACGGGACAUUCUGCGACUGGCCUUUGGUGAUCGACGUCUUCACAUGAGCUUAAGCUUUAGAGAGAAAUAUACAUCUGAUGACGAGAAGGUCGAGUCUUGGCGGUGGUUCGGUGGCAUUUGCCAUCGGGGACAGACGCUUAGGCCUCGAGACAUAGCUGGGGGCCAGCAAAGGUUUUGGGAAGAUGAUUGUAAACAUGGGGAUACCGAGCCCCGCAAUCCUGGUUUGAUGAGCUGGCUUCUCUCGUGUCGGCAGAAUUAUGCCGAGAUGAUUGACCUCCUGUACUCGAGCAACACGAUUGCCAUGUCUGGCGAAGCAAUAAUAUCACAUAUCGGGCAGCUGGUGCUCCCUCAGAGGCUUGCUUCUAUCACUUCUCUCGAAAUCAGGUGGCCUCUUCAAAGAGAAAACGAAGCGUGCGCUGGACACUACGAUGUGCACACAAACGCUAUACGCAGGAUGCUCCAUCCAUUCCAGCUAGAUGUUGGUCAUAUGAGCUUUGUGCUGGAUACGCUGUCAAAAACAAGCUUCCCCAAUCUCCGGAGACUUCGCAUAUCAUUUGAGAAAGAGUACAAUGAGCGUCCUAUCUCCAACCCUGAAGCGCACGAUAUAAUUAUCAACAAGCUGUUGCAGUUUGUCCAGGGCAGACCCAAGUUCAAAGAAUGUCCCAACUGUGGACCUGGAUUCGAGGGAGCCUCCAAGAUCUUGGUGCAGGCACGUCUGGUGCGCUUCCGAUGGGAACCUGCAUAG